AGUGAAGCUUAAGAGGACAACAACUUCUCAUCUUUGUUUCAAAUAUGGGGAAAAUGGCCUCUCUAGUUGCCACUCUUUUAGUUGUUUUAGUGUCACUUAGCUUAGCUUCUGAAAGCUCAGCAAAUUAUCAAUACUCAUCUCCUCCACCACCAGUGCAUGUCUAUCCAUCACCACCCCACCAUCCAGUGUAUAAGUCUCCUCCACCACACCAUCAUCAUCCCGUUUACAAGUCUCCACCACCAUCUGAGAAGCCACACUACCCUCCACACACCCCAGUUUACAAGUCUCCUCCACCACACCAUAUUCACCAUCCCGUUUACAAGUCUCCACCACCUCCAACUCCUAUUUACAAGUCGCCACCACCACCUAAGACACCACACUACCCUCCACACACCCCAGUUUAUAAGUCUCCUCCUCCACACCAUCAUCAUCCCGUUUACAAGUCUCCACCACCUCCAACUCCUGUUUACAAGUCGCCAUCACCACCCAAGGACCCACACUACCCUCCACACACCCCAGUUUACAAGUCACCACCACCACCAACUCCGGUUUACAAGUCUCCACCACCACCCAAAGAGCCACACUACCCACCACAUACCCCAGUAUACAAGUCUCCACCACCACCAACUCCAGUGUACAAGUCGCCACCACCACCCAAGAGGCCAUACCAUCCUCCACCAACACCAUAUCAUCCCACACCAGUUUAUAAGUCUCCACCACCACCAACUCCAGUUUACAAGUCACCACCGAAGCCAUACCAUCCUGCACCCGUAUACAAGUCUCCACCACCACCAACUCCCAUUUACAAGUCCCCACCACCACCAGUGAAGCCAUACUAUCCUGCACCAGUAUACAAGUCUCCACCACCCCCAACUCCCGUUUACAAGUCCCCACCACCACCAGUGAAGCCAUACCAUCCCUCACCAACACCAUACCACCCUACACCAGUAUACAAGUCUCCACCACCCCCAACUCCCGUUUACAAGUCCCCACCACCACCAGUGAAGCCAUACCAUCCCUCACCAACACCAUACCACCCUACACCAGUAUACAAGUCUCCACCACCCCCAACUCCCGUUUACAAGUCCCCACCACCACCAGUGAAGCCAUACCAUCCCUCACCAACACCAUACCACCCUACACCAGUAUACAAGUCUCCACCACCCCCAACUCCCGUUUACAAGUCCCCACCACCACCAGUGAAGCCAUACCAUCCCUCACCAACACCAUACCACCCUACACCAGUAUACAAGUCUCCACCACCCCCAACUCCCGUUUACAAGUCCCCACCACCACCAGUAAAACCAUACCAUCCUUCACCAACACCAUACCAUCCUAGACCAGUAUACAAGUCUCCACCACCACCAACUCCAGUCUACAAGUCUCCACCACCAACCCACUAUGUUUACUCCUCUCCCCCUCCUCCCUACCAUUACUAAGAAGUGACUUCAUUAUAUCUGAGGAAAAGCAGAAUGUUGAGCUGAAAGAAAGGCAUUUUCCAUUUUCAAGAGACAAUGAAAAAAGAAGAAAAUUAUAGUUAUAGUAAUAAAUAAUAAGGCUUACAGAAGACGAAGUUCUUUUGUAGCUUCAUGUAUCUAAGUUAGUGUCUUAGUGAUAUUGUUUUGUACUCUAUUUUUAUAUUUUACUUUUAUGUCUUUGUGUAUGUUUGCUCAGUUUCAAUCUCCUUGCAAAAUGCAGAGAUUAAUUAUGAGAUGAAUAAAAUAAGUUAUUACUACUCCUA